CACAGAACGACAUGUACCCCUUGGUGAUCCUCUCAGCUCUAUCCUUGGCGGCCCUGGUACAUAGCCAUGACUACUACCCCUGCGAGCCGUGCAAGGGAGAGGAGUGUUACGUUCAACCAGAGGGCUGCAAGUACGGGAUCGCGAAAGACGCCUGUGGACGGUGGCAGUGCAUGGCCGGGCCCGGGCAGCGGUGCGGAGGACGGGACAGCCAUCUUGGGAAGUGCGGCGACGGCAUGACCUGCAAGUGCGGCAAGUGCAGGGGCUGCAGCAUCGACAGGUUCAAGGCCGGCAUCAUAGAGUGCGACGCCAACACUACCCCUGUCUGCUACUGA